UCUCCCCUGUUUUAUUGUGAUGGAAGUUGUGCGAUAAACAGACAACCAUUGAUUCGCUGCCUGUGACCUGUGCCGGGAGUUUGCGGUUCGGAUUCAUCUUCUUUGACUUUAAAAUUACUGACCGGUCAAAUGUUGCACUCGAGAAAUGUUCCAUGUCCAUAAAAAACAACUAUCAGUUCUUGAUGGCCGUGUGUUGACACCGCCCAUUAGUCGGCCUGGCAACAGGACCUCAAGCUCAUUUGCCAUGAACCAGCUGGGAAGCUAAGAGUUGUCUGAUUGACAUGAUGUUACUGACGGUAUGUGAAAAGCAUUUCAGUGAUUGACAGCUGGAAAUCUGAGUGACGUGAUGGCACUGACAGUAUCUGACAACAGCUUUACUGGCUCUCUGGAGGGCUCCGACAGCAAUGAGUCGGAGAGAAGUGAGUCGUAUGCGAUGUACCUCACUGUUGGAGAUGGAGGCUACGGGGUUUCCACCGCAAUGUUGGGAACCAUUGAUCCAGGUGAGGACGCUGACACCGAGGAUGAAGGCCAAGUCAGUAAUGCAAGCUUUCGUAAAGAACAGGAAAUCGAAAAGGAAGCCAAUGUCAAUACUUCUAACAGACCAUGUAAAGAAACCUCUGAAAAGUCAUCUGAAGGUAACCCUUUACAAUUGCCAGAUACAUCAGAUGCCCAAACUUUCGUCAGUAGUAUGCCGUGCACUGACACUACAAACGUUCUCCCGUCAGGUGGUGUUGUGGAUGAUACACAUCUCAGUGAUUCUGGUGAUAAUUCUAGUGACACAGAAAACUACAGCUUAAAUUCGGAUGAUAAUGAACCAACAAACGACAUGGAGUUGGACGACGACUUUGAUGGACAUUCCGCCGAUGAUCAACAAGUAAACCCCGAUGGAUGUAUUAAGAACUUAAGUGUUGCUAUAAAGACUGAACCAGAAUCUCCUGUCGACUCGGAUUCAUCAACAGAGGAUCAAUCUGUCAAUACUACAUCUCCAGGUAAAGAUGUUCACUCAGAUUUUUCACCGUCAAAAGCAUUUUCACUUCGGUUAAAUCUCUUCCAAAACAAGCCAGUUAAUGAAAGACAAAACAUUGAUUUCCAGACGUUAGACAACGUCAUCGCUGCUGCAGUAAGUAAGACCUACAACAAAGAGACUGACGUGAACGGUAGCGAGCCUACACAAAGUAAACAAACACCUAAAGUUACUGACGCUAUCCCCAAAAAAGCAAAGCCAGUUGAAGAGACGAGGUCUGGGGUUGUCGUUGUGGACGUGCCAAUACAUAUAGAAGGAAAGCUAUUUCAUAGCUGUAGUAUUUGUCACAAAAUGUUUAAAACACCCAAGGAGCUGCGUGUACAUUCUCGGGUCCACACUAAGGAGAAACCAUAUGCAUGUUAUGUUUGUGGUAAGGCAUUCCGACAACAGGCACACUUAAAUAGUCAUUACAAAAUCCACAGUGGAGAGAAGCCGUACUCAUGUAAUCUUUGUUCGUUGUCUUUUACCGAGAACUCAAGUCUAAAACGACACAUUCGUAUACAUUUAGGUAUUAAACCUUACAAGUGUGAUAUAUGUGAUGAUGCCUUUGUCACGUCUUACCUGUUAAAGACACAUAAGACAAGACGACAUGAAGAAAAGCAAAAUCGCGCUACAUUUACUUGUGAUAGAUGUCCAAAGGUUUACACCAGCAAGGAGACAUUCAACAAGCAUCUGAGAAGCCACGAUCCAGACACUCGAAUCUCUUGUUCUUACUGUGGCCAAGUGUGCCUGACAAGCUCCCAUCUGAAACGCCAUAUUAACGUUCAUACAAGAACGGACUUGUGUAACCUCCAAACCAAAGAUAAACCUUUUGAAUGUGGAAUAUGCCAAAAGAAAUAUUUCAACAAGAAGCACUUGGAACUACAUGUAGUUCGCCAUACUCAGACAGAGUAUUUCUCAUGCGAUACUUGUGAUAAAGCAUUUGACACUCGUUACAAAUGGAAAAGACAUGUUCGGCGUUCGCACUUUGAGAAAAAUGGCGAAAGAACAAAUGAGCCGAAGCUGUUCAGAUGUCUUCUGUGUAGCAAGGUGUUUAGAACUAAUGAAAAUCUUGAAUCUCAUAUCAAACGUGUGCAUGAUAAACCCAUGAUAUACAACUGUGAUUUGUGUGAAAGGACAUUCUUGAGAAGAGACGCAAUGCUUAAUCAUAAGGAAAGCCACUUAGGACAGACAUUUCAGUGUUCCCUUUGUGACAGAAAUUACUCCACUUCCAUGACGCUCAAAUCACACAUGCGCAAGAAACAUGGUAAAAAAGAAGGCCGACGACCCACAGGAAAGACAGUCUCUGAGAUAAUAUGCGAUUUCUGUCACCGAGCAUUUUGCAAUAAAGCUUCCCUUAAAGAGCACGUGAGAACACGACACUCGGACAACAUUCAGCUGUUUACAUGUUCCCUCUGUCAAAUGAAAUUCACGCGAAGAAACUCCCUACAGAGACAUAUGAAGAAAUCCUGUCGCAUGCUGAGCCCAGAUCAACAGAACCCUGAUAUGGCACAUGAAUCGAGUGACAACGACGCCAGCACCAGCCCAGAUAUGACAAAUCAUAGUGUGGAUAUGGAUGCUGACCCGGAUUUGGCUGCCAGAGGCACCGACAUGGAUAUGAGUUUAAGCACGGACAUCAUGUCGCCAAGUGCUGAGGAUUCCGAUGAUGAUGGAGGUAGUGAUACAAACGUUGAGCAGGACUACGUCUACUCGCAACAGGAGGACAUCGAUACAACCUGUCCUCAGCCAGAUUCUAGGACGCUUGUCUCAAAAAUAACUUGCAAUAAUGACCAGCAUCAGGAAGAUCAAUUAAGUUGUGAUGAACAUGUGACAGAAGGCAAGCCCAUUUUUAGUACAAUUCACAGUGCUAACAUACAGCAACAGGAGAACAUCUCUAGCACUACUGUUCACCAUGGUAAUAUACAGCAAGUCAAUCAAAACGAUUCCGGUCCAGAAUUGCCACAACGGGGUAAGGCAAGUGACUGUUUGUCAGAGAGUCCACACUCUAGUCCUAGUCAAGACAAACACCCUGAUGUCCCAAAUUCACCGGAACCAGGCAUAAAUGAUGGAAAUUCCUCACCAUGAGAUUGAACUUUCUAGAGAUACUGUAAACAUACUGAUUGUAGCGGUAGUCUUAUUUUAGCACAUUUCACGCUUUGGAAUAGCUCAAUGUAGGCGCCAAUUGAACUUGCUGUAUAUUGUUCUCUUAUGACUAUAUAUUGUUCUUGUGCCAAUUCCUCAAUGUACUAAUCUGUUAAAAUGUGUUCUUGCGCUAAAAUUCGAGUCCGCUAACAUAAGACUAUUUACAGUACACACAUGUUCAUUGAAGAUUUGUAACAUUUAGUUGAAUAUAUUUACUUAAAGACCAGUCUAGUAUAUAUUGGUUUAGAUUGUUUUCUGUAGUCCUGACAUGUGAUAUGUUGUACAUUAGAUAACGUUUUGUAGUAACAUCUUCGACUCUUCAAACCAAAAUUUCAUGUUGAGAUCUUGACUCAAGUGAUAAAUAUGAUAUUGUAAACUUUUGUGUAAAUAUCAAUAA